UCCCUUACGUCGGACCUAAAUUUAAAGAUGCUAAGGAGAAGAUCAUGUGGCAAGCAAAAUGAGCCAACUGCACCAGCACGACCAUUAAAGGCAAGUCAUUUCCUCUGCUAUUUAACCCCCUCUUCCAAGACCAUCCAAUUUACCUCUCUGUUGAACAAUCACUUGCUGCUCUGUUUCUUCUUCGCUGCUUUCUCCUCCGUCUAUAAGCUCCGAUCUCUUCAACGAUACAUCGCUGAGAUGGGGAAGAGCCAGAAGAAGGAAACAGAGAAUAGCAGCUUCGCUGUUAAUGGCGUCAAGAUUAAGAGAACCAGGAAAGCUAGCGAGCCAAGGGUCUCUUCUGCUCGGCGCAGCUCUGUUUACCGUGGAGUCACCAGGCAUCGGUGGACGGGGCGAUAUGAGGCUCAUCUGUGGGACAAGAACAUCUGGAACGAGGCCCAGAGCAAGAAAGGCAAACAGGUUUAUCUCGGAGCUUAUGAUAAUGAGGAAGCUGCAGCUCGUGCCUAUGACUUGGCUGCCUUAAAGUACUGGGGGCAUGACACCGUUCUCAACUUCGAUAUAUCGUUGUACAGUGAAGAACUAGAGAAGAUGGAGGGACAAUCCAAAGCAGAGUACAUUGGCUCAUUGAGGAGGAAAAGCACUGGAUUCUCAAGAGGGGUUUCAAAAUUCAGAGGCGUUGCGAGACACCACCACAAUGGAAGAUGGGAAGCCCGGAUAGGUCAUGUAUUUGGCAACAAGUAUCUCUACCUUGGAACCUAUGCUACAGAGGAAGAGGCUGCAGUCGCUUAUGACACUGCUGCGAUCAAGUACCGUGGCUUGAAUGCGGUCACCAACUUCGACCUCGGUCGAUAUGCCGGAGUACAUCGCCCUAGAAUCAGUGGUGGCAGUGUCGGGACCAACAAUGCCGACCAUCUUGAUUCAUUGCCAAGCGAUACCCAGGGAGGUUUCGUGCAAAACUCAAACAAUUCACAACAGUUAAGUAGUAGUAGUAGUUCAGAGGACAAUCCCCAAUUUCCUCCUCCAAGUCCACAUUUAGCGGAAUUGUUGCCUUCUGACAUCGAACUGCCGUCGAAACCAGCAGAGUUUGAGAUGGCAGAGAGCUUGUGGUUGCCGACCCUCGUGAGUGACUACAACGGCGUACCUUCUCAGUGUAGUUUUGUUGAAGAAGUAGAGACAUACUUUGAUUGCCAACACUUGAUAGGAAAUCAUGAUGAUGGAGAUGAUUCAAUGUUCUGUGCUGACUAUUUGAACUCAUUUAUGUCACCAACUUUCGAUUGGGAACUCGACCUGCAACCCUGAGGAUUGAGGAAGAAUUUGAGUCAGAUAAAAGUGAGAAGCACAAAUUUUCAUUUUUCUUUUUCUUUUCCCCAUUGAUCAAGAGAUUCGUCGUUAAAGUAAUCGAUAUAAAGAAGAAAGUAGUCAAUAUAUUGUCAACGUAUAAAGGCGUAUUUUCUUAUGCAAGAAACGUGUAUUUUUUUUUUCA